AAAAUCAUUUGUUUGAAUAUCUCCUUCAGAAGUUUCGGUUUCACAUUUGUUGGGUAACCUCAAUACAGAUAAGAAUGGGUGAUCAGGCGGCGGUGCGUAUUAUGUCUUUUAAGAAUGCUGGCAAAAGUGCAGACGAGAUGCGACGUCGUCGUCAGGAAGGACAAGUAGAACUUCGCAAGAACAAACGAGAAGAAACACUUCAAAAGAAAAGGAACAUUCCUACUGGAACUAAUGGACCACAGACGGCUAAUGAUCCUGUUGACACAGAAAUCGAUGGGACUGGGAAGUCUACGUUGCUAAACCUGGAAUCCAUAGUAGCAAAUGCUGAGAACGAAGAUCCAGCUGUCAGGUUGUUGGUCGUUCAGUCAGCUCGUAAGCUUCUUUCCAGUGAUCGGAAUCCUCCUAUUGACGAGCUUAUAAAUGCUGGUAUGCUACCAAAGUUGGUCGCUUGUCUGACAAGUGAAGAUCCCAAUCUUCAAUUUGAAGCUGCCUGGGCCUUAACGAAUAUUGCAUCCGGCACCUCUGGACAGACUCUAGCUGUUGUUCAAGCAGGAGCCGUACCACGUUUUCUAAAGCUGCUGUCUUCUUCACACCCUAAUGUUUGCGAACAGGCUGUUUGGGCCUUGGGUAAUAUAAUCGGAGAUGGUCCAGUAUUAAGGGAUUACGUAAUCAAAUUGGAUGUCAUAAAGCCAUUAUUAAAGCUCUUAACACCAAAUAUACCGUUGAACUUCCUACGUAAUGUCACCUGGGUGAUGGUCAACCUUUGUCGCAACAAGGACCCUCCUCCUCCUGCCUCAGCUAUCAGAGAACUUCUGCCGGCUCUCUUAUAUUUAAUAAAACAUACCGAUGAUAGUAUUCUUGUCGACACUGUUUGGGCCAUAUCCUAUCUAACUGACGGUGGAAACGAUCAAAUCGAAAUGGUUAUAAAUGCAGAGAUAGUGCCUCAUUUGGUCCCAUUGUUAUCACAUUCAAGUUUCAAGGUGCAAACUGCUGCUUUGCGUGCCGUUGGAAAUAUAGUUACAGGUUCAGACCAACAAACUCAAGUUGUUUUGGAUUGUGGAGCUUUAAGUCAUUUCGCAUCUUUGUUGACUCACCCGAGAGAUAAAAUUAACAAAGAAGCUGUCUGGUUUCUAUCCAAUAUUACUGCAGGGAACCAAAGUCAAGUCCAAGCUGUGAUAGACCAUGGACUAGUCCCGUUAAUUAUCCAUCAUCUGGCUGAAAGCGAGUUCUUGACACAAAAAGAGGCUGCAUGGGCUAUCUCGAAUCUAGCGAUCAACGGAAAUGCCGAACAGGUAUGCCUUUUUGUUCCAUGAACUUGUUUUAAAAUUCUCAGGGGCGACCAGCACUUGAAAAGUUAAUAGGUACUAGUCAAUAGUUCAUAAAUCGAAUCUAAAGAUGUCAUUCUACAAAAAGCGCUUCACUAACAUACCAUUGAUACAUAGGCUUUCGAAUAAUCAAUUUGUAAACGAUCAAAUGUCCGGUAAUAUUUGAAAUUUUCUCCCACUCUUGACUAGAAUUUCAGGACAUACUGGAAUAAAUCGUUGAUAAAUGACGAAAUGCAUUUAGGCUCUUUUCAUAUGAGUAACGAUUUUCAAACAAGAAGCAGUAAAUAUUCCAUGUUUUUAUUUAUGAUCUAAUGUACACAUACUUUCUUGUUUCAAGGUAAGGUACGUGAUCGACCAACGCGUUAUUCCUCCGCUUUGUAAAAUGUUAAAUACCAGAGAUGUCCAGGUCGCUCAAGUUGUUUUGGAUGGAAUAUCAAAUAUAUUGGCAGCAGCUGGAGAUAACUUGGAGCAGGUUACAACUGCAAUCGAAGAAUGUGGUGGGUUGGAUCUUAUCGAAUCCCUUCAAGAACAUACAAAUAUCGAUAUAUAUCGUUUAGCAUAUGACAUAAUCGAACGAUAUUUUAACGAAGGGGUAAGUUUUAUUUUUGGGAUAAAUAUGCCCUCAAGCUCUAUGAUUAGUAUAGAUAGUGUAUCUAUACAAGAAAUGACUUGAUUUAUUGUCAAACUUUUUUGUAAUUUUAUUCACCGAAAAACAUAAUAUUAAUAUUAUAAUAAAUCAAUAUUAAAAGAUAACUUAAAUAACAUAAAUAGUCGUGUCUAGAAAGUUAUAAACAUUAGCUCAUUGGUUGUAGGUUAAACUUCAGGAGUCGUGUACGGGGCUUAGGUUAAUGAAAAGACACUUAUCUUAACUUUGUUAAACAUAUGAAUAAGCAGUAAUAAAAUGUCUUACUCCUGAACACCUAGAAGCUAUUAUUAACAGAGUUCUUUUUAAAAAUAUUUGACUCUCAGGUAACUGGUGUUAUUUUGUAUUUUUCGACCGAGGUAGAUAGAAUGUUGGCCUUCAAUCUCUAACCUGGAGUUUUCGUAACAAUCUCCGUAGAUUUAAACGACUUUCCUAAGUUUCAUUGAGUUUACUUGAACUUAUGAUUCACGCUUUCGAAAUCAUGAAUCAAUCGAUUGUUGAUCGGGAUAGCCGAAAUAUUUAGUAAUCCAUGGUUACGACUUCUCAUUCUGAAAAAUAACUGGUGAGCUCUGUUUUCAGAAAAUCCAUCUAUUUCAUUAUGAAUUCACCAACUUUGAUACUUGUAAUUUUUUACUAUUUACAGAUGAUUGACGAUCCAAAUACAACUGGGGUUGCUGAAGAUGAACAUUUGGGUGAUUUUAUCUCGGUACCACAAGUCCCAGCUACUUUCCAGUUUGACGCUGAUCAGUGUAACACUGAUGCUACUAGAGGGUUCGAUUUUUAGUUAAUAACCGUAGCCACUAUGUUGUAAUGGUUUAUGGAAGUAAGAUUUUGGUCUUUAAAUCACUUAGGUUAUUUCCUUCGUAUUAAUCACAUCAGUGCGUGUCACAAUUAAUAUUUUGACUUUCAUUUUAUCAUCCGUAGUUUAUACAUUACCUAUGGCUCAAAUUAUUUUGAUAUGCUCCGACCUUCAAUGGAAUUCCGCUUGUUUAUUACCUUUCACAAUGCUUUCUUUUCUCACAAUCCGUAACAGGUCUUACAUUCAUAUUUUCAUAAAUUCUUGCCUUCGAUAGCCAACCUAGUAGAAUGAUCUAACAACCGCCCCUUCUGUUUUGCAUUUAAUUAAAGCCGUUUAUGCGGUUGUUGCUCUACUGUUUCAUUCCUCUUAGUUCUCAACCAUUAAAACAAAAAUCUUUAUUUCGUUAGCUCAUUCGUUUUUGUUUCACAUUUUAUCCAUCCAAGAUUUUGCUCCAAGGUCCCCGUCUGUUGCGUUGCUAAUUCUUCAGGAUUUUCCUUAGAUUCAUUUUGUAUGUCUGUAUAAAACUUUAUGGUUGCCUUGGCUGUUUGCCUAUUCCUAUUUAUUUAUUUAUCCAUGAUUGUUUGAUUUUAUCUCACCUGUUUUUUGAUCAUGUUAGUAUGUCUUCCUAGUUUUUUUUUCAUUUUGGGUUAGCUCUCAAUAUCAUUGUAAUGAAUUGUUUGAGCUAACCUUUCAAUCGGUCUGAGUUUAGCCUUCAUUUUUUCACCAAUCAGAUUCUCAAUUUUUCCUGGUGUGACUGUGUAACUUAUUACUUUGCCUUUGUCUUUCGGUACCUCUGUACCUAUUUGCCUUUUCUAUGUAUUUGUCCAUUGCACUACCUUCUUUUGGUCUUCCGCGUUACCAUUAAUUUUGAAUUUCCGAACUUUUGUGGCAUGUCUGUGAUCUUUAAAUAGUAUUGUUUGGUUCCACUCUAUUUCUCAUUUUAGUCGUUUUACUUAGUCUUUGUUAUACUGAGUUCAUCUGUUUUUGGCUUCUACCUUGUCUUUCUUAUCUUCUGUGUGUUCAACAAAAGGAAUACCUUUCUUGGUUUUUACUGCUGCCUGUCUGUAUAUAUCUUCUAUUUUGUCCCCAAGCAUUGUCCUUUUCAAACUUUCCAUUCCUAUUUUGUGUUUUCGGGCGGUUGUGCAUCCAUUUUCGCCAUUUCUCUAAUUUUGCUUCACUCAUAUUUCCUGAACUUUUUUCUUUGAAACUACUAAAAUGCUGAACACAGGACUAUGUUGGGAGUUGUACGCAAAACGUUUGUAAUCCAUUUCACUAAACUGUUAAUUGUUAAAUACAUGUGUUAUUGUGAGUAAUCCUUAUGCUUGUGGUUUUAUUACAUUAAGUGGCUAACGUAAUGGUUCACUUUUCAGUAAUGAAAACCUUUUUGAACUGCC